AUGGAGGAUGAUGGAAUGGGUGGCGGCCCGAAGACCCAGCGGUGGUGGUGGUGGGCAAUGGGAAGCAUGGCCCAGUUAGGGUGGGGCAUUUCAUCAUAUAAAAAAGGCCGCGCUGGUGACCCUCGUCACGUGCCUUCGAAAGCAUGCAUCGUUGCCUCCCUCUUUUUGGGUUCCGUCGCCCAAAAAAAGGCCACGCUCGGCCAUUGGAAACUUCUUCGAAUGUACAAUUCGAAAUAUCUUGGCCUUGGAGCAGGCCUACUGAAAUUACUUUCAGAGUGUAGGCUUUCAUUUCUAUCCUUCGAAGUGAGCAGGUUACCUCAUAGAUACAGUACUCUGGACAUUUUUCACGAUUGA